AUUCCACCGCCCAGAAGCAGCACGCCGAAUUGCGACGUGUCUGGACGUCCAUCUCUCCUCGUCCUUCCUUUCACUGUCCGGUCGCAUCCGUCCGCCGACCGCCCAUGUCUCGAUAGCGCCGCGCCCUGAAAGCACCAUCCGUCCACACCUGGAACAUUCACGAUGACCCAAAUGACGGCCGCCGCUCGGCCGGCGAAGACCGCCAGGCAUGUGGCGAAGAUCAGAGAGAUGAGGAAGGUCAAGGGCGCCAUCAGAUGGCACGAACGCGCCCGCGAAAAGCGCCAGAAGAUUGUAGCAGAGCGCCACGACGACAAACGGGCCUUUGCCGAAGUCAGGAGAUGGAGGCAGGAAAACGUUCUUGCGCCCAUCAGACAAGCGAAAAAGAACCUCAAGGAAGACUACGAGAUGGGCCCCUUGCGGCCGAAUCGAGCUUACGGCCCGGGCGCAGACCAAUACGGUGUCCUGAGCAUGCAGCAAUUGAGGAGACCAGUCAUAUCCGCCGAAUCGUGGGCGCGCAAGAAUGAAGCCAGAACAGCCAAGGGUCUCGAGCCCGAGUACCCGCUUGUGGUGGACAACAAAAAGUACUUCCCCGUUGCAGCCGGUGACCGUGUCAUGGUCAUCAAGGGCAGAGAGCUAGGCAAGAUUGGUGUUGUCGAGGAAGUGAUCAAAGACUCGCACGAGGUCAUUAUCAAGGACAUCAACAAGCACUACGCUGACGGCAGCGUCUUCAACACCCCUGAGGGCGAGGAACCGGAAACGAAGCGCGCAAUCGAGAUCCCGCUAUCGUUAGAGGACAUCCGCCUCGUCAUCCCGUACCGUAUGACCAAGCGAACCGAAAAUGGAAAAGACGUGCACAGCUGGUCCGAUGUUGUCGUCGACGACAUCCUCUUGGAGCGCCACACUACCGGCAGAGACCCCUUUACCGGCAUAGACCAUGGCGCUGAAGAGAUCCCAGAGGAGCACCGAUUCGACCCCAGAACCGGCCUCCCCAUCUUCAACCGCUACAUCGCCGGCACCCGCACCCGCAUCCAGUGGCCCUGGGAGACCAAACUCCCCAAGGAGGAUGAAGUCGCUCGCGUGACAAAGGCCAACAAGGAAGACAACGUGUCUCUGUACGGCAAGGUCCGACACCCCGUGAAGUUCCUCAAGAGCAAGCUCGGCAAGAGCAAGAAGCCAGCCAAGCCCGAAGCAAAACCCAAGACCCCUGAGGAAAUAGAAGAGCUGAAGCUCCAGUCCAAGCUCGACCAGAUCAACGCGGUCCCCACAAACCCCCGUGGAGCACCCUCAGGCUUCUCCCCAAGGUACCCCGACGACACCCAGCGCCACAAGGCCGAGCCCUCUCAGCACACGGCGUCUUUCUACCCGACACUGGUCUACCCGCCGUUCCCCGCGGAGCUCGCCUCUGAAAUCCAGCAGCACACGCACGAAGCGGACAUCAAGGAGCGCAACGAGAAGCAGGACUGGUACGAAGAUGCCAAGGAAGUCACGCCCGAGGAGCGUGCAGCGCGCAAGGCGGCGAAGGCGGAGAAGCUGCGGAGGAAGACUGUGCCGGACAGCAUGAAGACGCCGCUGCAGUUGCGGUGGGAGGUCGAGAGGCGGAACAAGCUCGCCGCAGCGGAGAAGACCAAGGUCGAUCGCGAGGCACUGCUGAUUGCGCUGGGCCAGCACAUUGAGGCUACGCGGGCGGCGAAGACGGGGGCGCGGAGUCCGGCCAAGCAGGAGGCGGCCGAGUUGGAUUAGUGUACUGCAACGUGUAGCAUAUUGUAGAUAGAUAUUCCGCUUGUAUGAUACGCAAGGAAGCAUGUAGGAAAGCAAACUCAGGACAGACAUCGCAUAGCAUAGUUCGACCGGGG